UGCAAAUGUCCUGUGAUCAGGAAGUAAGCAGCAAACUCGCAGGCUGCGAAAGUCGCUGAAGUUCCUCUCUGCAGAGGGGCUGGGGUGGCUGCUCGGAGAAUGAGCCUUUCUGGUUCUCCUUCGGCGGGUUCUCAGUUCCCCCGUUGUCAAGCAAGCGGAGCUUCGUAGUUCUCCGAGGCGCUCCUGCUGAGCUCGGGCUCCCUUCACCAGCCUUUUGGCUGAAGCCACCGUGGGGUUAAUUUGCUGAUCUCUGAAGCCGCCACGUUGAGGAAAGAAUUAUGGGAUGUAUAAAAUCCAAAAGCAAAGACAAUCUGAAUGAAGCUGGGCUAGAUGUGAAGAUCCAACCAGUACGUAAAACUGAACGAGCUAUUUAUGUGAGGGAUCCAACGUCCAAUAAACAGCAAAGGCCAGCUGAAGAUGUACUUUUACCAGGUCAGAGGUUCUGUAAAGAAGCUGAGGAAAAGGAAUAUCGGGACAUUGUAGUAGCCUUGUAUCCUUAUGAUGGCCUUCAUGAAGAUGAUUUGUCCUUCAAAAAGGGAGAAAAACUGAGAGUUCUUGAGGAACAUGGAGAAUGGUGGCGAGCUAAAUCCCUCUUAACACAGAAAGAAGGCUUUAUACCAAGCAACUAUGUUGCAAAGGUCAACACCUUGGAAACAGAAGAAUGGUUCUUUAAAGAUAUAACCAGGAAAGAUGCAGAAAGGCAACUUCUAGCACCAGGAAAUGCUCCUGGAGCAUUCCUUAUCAGAGAGAGUGAAACGCUGAAAGGAAGCUUUUCUCUAUCAAUCAGAGACCAUGAUGAACAACAGGGUGAUGUUGUCAAGCACUACAAAAUCAGAAGUCUAGACAAUGGAGGAUAUUACAUCUCUCCAAGAAUUACUUUUCCCUGUAUCAGUGACAUGAUCAAACAUUACCAAAAGCAGUCAGAUGGCUUAUGCAGAAGGCUGGAGAAAGCGUGCAUCAGUCCUAAACCACAGAAACCAUGGGAUAAAGAUGCCUGGGAGAUUCCGCGGGACUCAAUAAAAUUAGUGAAAAAGCUUGGAGCAGGUCAAUUUGGAGAAGUUUGGAUGGGUUACUACAAUAACAACACCAAAGUAGCUGUGAAAACUCUGAAACCUGGCACUAUGUCUGUGCAAGCAUUCAUGGAAGAAGCCAACCUCAUGAAAACACUUCAGCAUGACAAGCUGGUCAGACUAUAUGCUGUAGUCACCAAAGAUGAACCUAUUUAUAUAAUAACAGAGUUCAUGGCAAAAGGCAGCUUGCUGGAUUUUCUGAAGAGUGCAGAGGGUGGAAAAACACUGCUUCCAAAGCUCAUUGACUUCUCAGCUCAGAUUGCAGAGGGGAUGGCGUAUAUAGAAAGAAAAAACUACAUUCAUCGGGACCUGAGAGCAGCUAAUGUUCUAGUUUCAGAGUCACUGAUGUGCAAAAUUGCUGAUUUUGGGUUAGCUAGAGUAAUUGAAGAUAAUGAAUAUACAGCCAGGGAAGGUGCAAAAUUUCCUAUCAAGUGGACUGCUCCAGAAGCCAUCAACUAUGGUUCUUUUACUAUUAAGUCUGAUGUGUGGUCCUUCGGAAUUCUUCUGUAUGAAAUAAUUACUUAUGGAAAAAUCCCGUAUCCAGGCAUGAGUAAUUCCGAUGUAAUGAUAGCUCUUCAACGUGGUUACCGCAUGCCGCGCAUGGAGGCCUGCCCUACGGAGCUCUAUGAUAUCAUGAAAACAUGCUGGAAAGAUAAAGCAGAAGAGAGACCAACGUUUGAAUAUUUACAGAGUGUCCUUGAUGACUUCUACACAGCUACAGAAGGACAAUACCAGCAGCAGCCAUAGGAAAAAAGGCACUCCCUCCCUUGCUACCAAUUGGCACAGACCUCUUAUUAGGACAAUGUGGCUGAGCCAAUUGCUUUGAUGUAUUGGGAUAGACCUAUUGCUUGUGGUCCCUGAAGCCGAAGGCUGCUGCUCAGUUGGAUGGAUAUGGACAAUACAAAUGCUCACCAUCCUGCUUAAAUUUAAAGUCCUGUAUCGAUGCUUUCUUUGUGUGUUGCUUAAACAAACAUCCAGCUAAGAUGAGCUUUGGCCAGAAGAUGGUAAAAAGGCCACACCAGUACAAUCAUAUUUAUAAACAAGAGACAGCUGAAAACAAAUUAACAACAACAACAAAAAAAGCUCAUGAAGUUACUGUAAGUGGCCAAGCUAAGCCCUAUAUCAUAAAAGUGAUGUUAGGGCCAAAGUAUAUGCAAUACAUGAGAUGCAUGAAUGAUCUCUUGCCAGUUUGCUUGUUUCCUGAAAAGCGACCUUGAAGGCUACAAUCAGCCAAGAAUUAUGAAACAGCAUAGAGGAUUGAGUUUUAUUUCUGCUCAAAAUUGUGUCCUGCCCUCUUGUUGCUUGACUUCAUUUAAAGAUACAGCCCCCUCCCCUUUUCUCCCACGGAUAGGAAACUUCAGAUUCAGAGAGGCUGUUCAUACAUCUGCUGCAUAACCAGCUUGGCCUUGAGCUUUUCAACAUGGAUAUUUCCAGGUGGUACUUGUCAAAAUGGUUUGAAUGAGGGAUGGUAAGGGCUACUGUAGCAUUUAUGCUAGUAUAAGGUUAAACAAAGUAAUGUGGAAUUGUACUUAGUACAAAUAUAGUGUGCUAAGUCAGCAUCAAAAAAGCACCAUGUUUUGGUUUUUUAAAGAACAGCUAGCUGUCGUGCAUUACCUUCCUUCAAUCCUAUAUGCUAGAACAUUUCACAGUUCAAAAGGCCUUAGCUUCUGUGUAGACAUGGAGAAUCAGUAGGGACUGAUACAGUCAAGAGGAAACCAUACAUGACUUUGUAGAAUUUUUAUAUAGGAAGUCAUUGUCUUGGUAGAGUCCUUUCUAGUGAUGUGGCUGAAUUCAUAGUAGAGAGGCUUGAUGGCUCUGCCAGGGGUAAAAAUGUAAUGUUCAUGGUGAAGUAUCUCAUAGUAUAUAGGACAGGAAUUUGAGGCAACAUUUUACAAUAAAUUAUGCCACCCAGUAGCUUCAGUCAGCAGCAAAUACAUUCAUUUCAUUGUAGAAUUCUCUUUGAUAUCACUUCCUUUGGAAUCAUCACUCAUUCUUACCAAAUUAUACAUAUAACAUACAGUAGGUACAGUGAUGACAAGUACACUUGGAAAUCAGGUUUCAAAGCUUCACUUGGAAUUAAGCUGAAAACUGGAUGUGACUUUAUUCUGUACCUCAUGCUUUCUUCCACUAGGGUGUUUUUAUCAUGCUAAGAAUUAACAGUAGCCCUCUUCAGCCAUGCUUAUGCUCAGAAGCCCCACCACCACCACCCAGUGUUACAGCAUUUGCUUGCAGAGACUAGGGCUGUGUUCAUGGACAGUUUAUUCCCAGAUCAGAAUGCAGCAUUUGGCAUCACAGAAACUGACCACACAAGUAAACACCAUAAUCAUGGACAGCAGAGGAUCGGCGCAGUGGCUUCUGAGCAUGUCAGCCCAGGACUAGGAUUUCAGAGCACAUUCUCAACACUCGGCAUUCUUAUGUCUGAGGAGGGCAGUGUUAUUGAGGAAUCUUCUCAACUAUAACUGUGUAACUAUAGGAGCAUCUUGAUUCGAACUCUGUUCAGCUGCACAAACCAAUAUUUUUAUAGUACACCUACUGUUUACUAUUUUUGAAUGAAGGAAUCCAGUUGACAAACUGGCAACCAGAUUGUUAACAUGUACAUAUUUCCAUUGUAUUGUGAUUUUAAUAAAUAAACAUUCUUAAACUUUGCACCUCA